AUGAGCCAGUUGCAAAUGGAUCACGACCACCACCAUCACCACCACCAGGAACCUUUCGAGGAUCACCAUUCUGGAUGGCAUGGCGAUAAUGGAUACAACCCACACCAUCAGUCUCCAGUCCAAGACUUUAAUGGCUUCAACGGCUUUGCACCGCUCCCGAUGGAGCCCAUCUACGGGAACGGCAUGCAUCCACCCCACCAAACUCAUCCGACACCGAGGACUACGCAUCCACAGCUGCAGCCUCUGAUCAUGCCGCAGAUGCCGCAAUGGCCGAGCAUGCUGACCAGCCAGUCGACUUACCAAGCUUCACUGUUCCCCUCAGCCCCACCACCGAUAACGCCGGCAUCAGCAACGCCAGUCUCAGCGAGCUCAACACAUUCCCGCACUUCGUCGACACCACGGAAGACUCUCACAGACUCGGACCGCAGACGCAUGUGCCAAUACCAUGAAGAGAAUCCCACUGUCAAGCAAACGGAAAUUGGAGCAAUGUUCGGCGUAGAGCGAAGUACCGUUUCGAAAGUGUUGCGCCAGAAGGAGAAGUACUUGUACCAGGACGACGGUAGCCGAUCACCCAUAAAAAGGUCGAAAGGCAAAUUCCCGGAUAUCGAACGUGCCUUGUCGAAUUGGGCACGAAACCAUCAGAAACAGGGAGCACAGCUGUCAGAUGCUCAGAUCCGAGAGAAGGCCCGCUUCUUCGCUCAGACCGUCGGCAACUCAGAGAGCCACCUCAAGGUAAACAGUGCGAGCUGGUUGGAAAAGUUCAAGCAAAAGAAUCAUCUCAGUGGUGCAAGGUCACGAAAGACUUCGAUAGCAGAAGAAUCGGAGGGGACUUCAAAUCCGCCAUCCAAUGUGCAUACCCCGGGGGCCAUCUCGCCUACCUCACCUGGUGGGGUAUCUCCAGCGACAACGACCAUGACAGCGAAGAAGAGUCAGGAAAAUCUCAAGACAGAAAGCCCCGACACAUACGACUUUUCGAACCAUCGCCGACCCUUCCAUUCACAGAGCAGUACAUCUUUGUCAAGCGUCUUCACGGAUACAGCCACAAGCCCUACGUCGCUUUCUUCGCCUUUCUUCACGCCUGAUUCAGCAUGCGGCCCGAGUCCAUUCAUGGGAAGCCGCCAGCCUGCGAAUGGACAGCCAGGGAACAACAACUUCCAAAGGCCCCGAAGCCAAACCUUCCCCAUGCUUGUUGGUGUUGAGCAGUACAUGUCACCUCCGGGCUCAACUGACGAUAUCACCCCAAAGUACGUUAGCAGCGGUGCACUUGACUCGCCCAUGACCGAGAUGCCUGGUACACUGCCAGUCAUUGACGAAGGAAUGUCGCUUUCGCCUACCCAGAUGCCCAACUCGAUGCAGCCCCCUCCUCUCCCAGGUACCAUCGACGACAAAGGCUCAUCAGCCGACUCCUCGCCCAUCACACCGUCCCAAGAAGAAGCUGCACGCGCUCUCGAGCUCGUCAUGACCUUCUUCCAGUCACAGAACGCAGGCUUCGUCGUAGAGCCCCAGGAGUAUGUCACCAUUGGCAAGCUGAUGGAGAAGCUACGAAUCAAGCGCAGCUCCGAGAGCCUUCCUUCCGAGAUGCGACGUGUGUCAGAGCCCAACUUCACCACGGCCAAGCUCGAAAGCGUCGACGCGAUCCAUUAG